GAACCAUCCGCCAUAUCUCUCCAUAAACCCUUCUCUCGCUUUCCACUCUCCAAAGGGUUUUUUCAUUUCCAAUUACCACUCAACAGAUAACGUUAACAAUAAUGGCUCCUGUGCUUAGCAGAAGCAUGGCAACCGCCUCCCUCGCCACCCUCCCUUCCUCCUCCUUUACUCUCUCCAGAUCUUCUCCCUCUCUCAGAACCGCUUUUCUCCCCCCUCUACCUCCCAGGAAGUGUUCUUCUUCCAACGCAACCGCGUUGAAGUGUAAGCACCAUGAUAGAAGACGAAACGGCAGACUCUCCGUGCGUUGCGAGGCUGCUGUUGCUGAGCCAGAAGAGGCCACCGGUGAGAAGUUUGAGUACCAAGCCGAGGUGAGCCGGUUGAUGGAUUUGAUUGUUCACAGUCUUUAUAGUCAUAAGGAAGUUUUUCUUCGAGAACUUGUGAGCAAUGCUAGUGAUGCUUUGGACAAGUUGAGGUUUUUAAGUGUGACAGAGCCAUCUUUGCUUGGAGAGGCUGGUGAACUAGAGAUACGCAUCAAGGCUGAUCCGGAUAAUGGAACUAUUACUAUAACAGAUACUGGUAUUGGAAUGACCAAAGAAGAGCUCAUUGAUUGUCUAGGAACUAUUGCACAGAGUGGUACCUCAAAGUUUUUGAAGGCUCUUAAGGAAAACAAGGAUCUAGGAGCAGAUAAUGGUUUGAUUGGUCAAUUUGGUGUUGGAUUCUACUCUGCAUUUCUUGUUGCUGAUAAGGUUGUUGUUUCUACAAAGAGCCCUAGAUCAGAUAAGCAAUAUGUAUGGGAAGCUGUAGCUGACAGCAGCUCUUAUGUGAUAAAGGAAGAAACUGAUCCAGAAAAGCUUCUGCGCCGUGGUACACAGAUUACACUUCACUUAAGACCGGAUGACAAGUAUGAAUUCUCAGAGCCAACCAAAAUUCAGAGUUUGGUGAAGAAUUAUUCGCAGUUUGUUUCCUUCCCCAUCUAUACAUGGCAAGAAAAAUCUAGAACUGUGGAGGUGGAAGAGGAAGAAGAACCUAAAGAAGGGGAAGAACCAAAAGCAGAGGGUGAUGCAAAGAAGACAAAAAAGACUAAAACUGAGAAGUAUUGGGACUGGGAGUUAGGCAACGAGACAAAGCCAAUAUGGAUGCGUAAUUCAAAGGAUACUCAGAAGGAAGAGUAUGAUGAGUUUUACAAGAAGGCUUUUAAUGAAUUCUUAGAACCACUUGCAUAUACCCACUUCACUACUGAGGGUGAAGUUGAGUUCAGAAGCAUUCUAUAUAUUCCAAGCAUGGGACCUCUCAACAAUGAGGAAGUAGCAGAAAUCAUGCACCAUAAUAAAAGUAAAACGGCCACCAAGGCCGACAACAUUACAUAAUAAGGAUUACGGCCACAAGGACCGAUUUGUUC